AUGGCUGCAGGUCCAUAUCCUGAUACCCCUGAGUUGUUCGCAGCUGGUUCAUCUCCAGCCUGUCGAUUUGUUGUUCCUGCAGACAGGAAGCUUUCGUGGGUAUACUCGACGGUCGACGAGUAUUACCCUACGACACCACCUACUGAGCUAUGCGAGUCCGAUGAAGAGCUCUGCGAAGCCGCCUCCGGUUCUGUACAGCUUGAUCAUGAGCCACUUGUGGCCGUGCUCGGGGUUGGAUACGUUGGCGAGCAUCUCGUCAGCAACUUUGCUCGCAAGUACGACGUCCUCGGUUUCGAUGUCUCGGAAGCUCGAGUGCGGCACCUGGCGGAGACCUUUCCCUCCGACACCAGGGCCAAGUUCACAUGCAGGCCGAAAGACCUCGCUCGCGCCACUCACUUUCUCAUAUCUGUGCCGACACUUCUUCGCCCCGAUCAGACCAUCGACUCAUCCUUCCUGAGGUCUGCCAUUAACAACAUUGCCACCUACGCCCGACAGGGCUCGGUGGUCGUUGUUGAGUCGUCUGUUGCGGUUGGCAUGACCCGCAGCCUCCUCGGCACCCUUGCCAAGGAACGCGGCUUCUUCGCUGGCAUGUCACCAGAACGUGUCGACCCUGGCCGCACAGAACCACCCGCAUAUGCCAUCCCCAAGAUUGUAUCUGGGUUGGACGACGUGGUUCCUGGAUCUUUGAAUGCCAUCAUCCGGCUGUACUCGCAAGUCUUUGACCAAGUCGUCCCCGUCAGUCGCCCUGAAGUGGCCGAGAUGAUGAAGCUGUACGAGAACUGCCAGCGCAUGAUGUGCAUCGCCUUCGCCAACGAGAUGGCCGACGCCUGCGCCCCUCACAAGGUUGACCCAUAUGAGGUAUGCCGCGCGGCGUCGACCAAGCCCUUCGGCUACAUGCCAUUCGCCCCUUCUCUCGGCGUUGGAGGACACUGCAUACCAGUCAACCCAUACUAUCUGCUCUCCAACUCAGCAUUUCCCCUACUCAAAGCCGCGACAGAAAAGAUGCGAGCUCGUCCCGCAACUGUGGCCGAAAGGGUUGUAGAAGCCCUUUACAAUGAUGCAACGACAGACUGCUUCCAGCUCAACACUAGGAGACCCUCUGUUCUCGUCGUUGGUAUUGGCUUCAAGCGUGGCCAGUCUCAUCUAGCCAACUCUCCUGGUCUCGACUUGGCCAGGAGCUUGGUGCUGACGGAGAAGGUUGAAGUUACUUGGGUUGAUCCACUCGUCAAGCAAGAGGCCGUGCCACAGAUAAAAAAGCUGGACGAAGCCUCUGAAUGGAACAGCGAAUCUCUUCGCCAACGGUUCAGCAUGAUUGUGGUGGCCUUUAGGCAGGAGGAACUCGACUUCCAGGUACUUGAGGGCAUGGAAGCCAAGGGUGUGCGAGUGGAAAUGUGGUGCGACUGA